AUGUCUCACAAAUCCAAAGAGACUAAUAAUGAAGAUCCAACUAAGCAAAAAAUACCUAAAAAAACUAGUGAAGAUAAAAACGAAGGUCCAAAAAUACAUUUGGCUGGUGAAUAUGAUGGGAAAUUUAAUAUUAAACAAGAAAUACCACGUCAUACUAUGACUACAAUUCAAACAGCAGGAGAUGCAAUUCAACCAUUUUUACCAUUUUUUUCACAAGUAACUGAUAUUGUUAAAUCAUUAUUACAAACAAAUGAAACAGCAAAAUGUAAUCAAAAAAUUUGUUUAGCAUUAAUUGAUCGUGUAGAAAUUGCUCAACAAGCAGUAAAUUCCUUAAAACGACAACAAUUAGCAAAUGAAAAACUUUUUCAAGAUCAAAAUUAUUAUUAUGCUUGGGUUAGAUUUAUAACUGUUUUAGAAAAUAUCAGAAAAUUUGCUAAAGAAAUUACUCAAUUAUCAAGUUUACAAAAAUAUAUAAGUGCAAUGACUGUUAAAGAAGCUUUUGAUAAAAACAUAAAAGAAUUUGAAGAU